AUGGCGCCGUCGCAGAAGGAAUCUGAGUUGGUGAGGAAGGUCCACGACAACGUCCUGGCGGCGCUGCUGCAGAAGGAGCGUGAAGUGCAGGACGAGCUGGACAACAUCACGCACGUGGAGAGCAAGCUAGCUCACAUGCGCGACGAAGAUGCCCUGAGAGGUUCAGGGAGGCCAGACUGCAGGCGCUCAAGGAGACGCACGCCAAGCGACUGGAGUUCAUGA